AUGAUUCUCGAUUUUUGCAGAAACGAUGAACAGCAAUGUUUGCGGGGAAACCGAAGAGCAAGCGUGAUGCCUAUCAACGGCAACGCGUUGGCCAAGUACUUGGUCAUGGUGUCGCAAGUGAUCGCUUGGUGCACGGUUAGCGCGAUGCUGUUGCGGAGGGGCCUGAACCAGGUGAACGGUAGCUCGCAGCAACAGCCGUCGUCAUCGUACGGCAGCAAACCGUACGGCGGUUCGGUCGCAGCGUUCGGCGACAGCAACGCGACAUCGACCGCAGCCACGGACACCGGCCACCAUCCGCAAGAGACGCCGGAAAAGUCUUUCGACGAAAACGGUUCGCCUGCCGUGGUGGCCGGCGUAGUGAUGAUCGCGAUCGCGGUGAUCAUGUUGAUCAUCAGUCCCACGAUCAUGGUGAUGAAAAUGAUCGAGAAACGCAAGAAGAGGAUCCUGGAGACGGAAUUAGAAUCUCCGCCUAAGUACGAAGAUGUGGUAGAAAGCGCCCCGAGAUAUUCAUCGUUGUUUGUAUUUAAUAACGAUGGCGAAAUGGCAUUGGUGACUGAAAAUAUACUACACAAAGAAAAAAAUAAUAUUCAAAAUCAACUAGUUUGA